AUGGAGCCCUCGGAGCGCGAGCGGGCGGCGCGGGAGCGGGUCCCCAGGAUUGACCCGUACGGGUUUGAAAGGCCCGAAGAUUUUGAUUAUGCAGCUUAUGAGGAAUUCUUUUCCACCUACCUGGUGAUCCUCACUAAAAGAGCGAUCAAAUGGUCCAAACUUCUAAAGGGAAGCGGCAGUGUCCAGAAAAGUAUGAGAGUGAAGCGCUAUAUCCGGAAAGGGGUUCCCCUCGAGCACAGGGCCCGAGUCUGGAUGGGGGUGAGCGGAGCCCAGGCCCAGAUGGAGAGGAACCCUGGCUACUACCACCAGCUUCUGCAGGGAGAGAGGAACAACACCCUGGAGGAGGCCAUCAGGACAGAUAUGAACAGGACCUUCCCGGACAACGUGAAGUUCCGCAGGAGCGCGGAUCCCUGCUUACAGAAGACCCUGUACAACGUGCUCUUGGCUUACGGGCACCACAACCAAGGUGUGGGGUACUGCCAGGGAAUGAAUUUUAUAGCAGGAUAUCUGAUUCUUAUCACAAAGAACGAAGAAGAAUCCUUUUGGCUAUUAGAUGCUCUUGUUGGAAGAAUAUUACCUGAUUACUACAGCCCCGAGAUGCUGGGCCUGAAGACGGACCAGGAGGUCCUGGGGGAGCUGGUGAGGACCAAGCUGCCAGCGGUGGCCGCCCUCAUGGACGGGCACGGUGUCCUGUGGACUCUGGUCGUGUCACGUUGGUUCAUCUGCCUGUUUGUGGACAUCCUGCCCGUGGAGACGGUGCUUCGAAUCUGGGAUUGUUUGUUCAACGAAGGCUCCAAGAUUAUCUUCCGGGUGGCUCUGACCCUGAUUAAGCAACACCAGGCUUUUAUUUUGGAAGCCACCAGUUUCGCAGACAUCUGUGAAAAGUUCAAGGAGAUCACCAAAGGGAAUUUUGUGACUGAAUGCCACACCUUUAUGCAGAAAAUAUUCUCAGAACCUGGAAGCUUGUCCAUGACCACCAUCACCAGGCUUCGAGAGAGCUGCAGGGCCAAGCUGCUGGCGCAGGGGUGA